AUAAAGAAUAUGAAGUAACCACGGCGCUGCGGCAGCGCAUCGCCACUAUCUAUACAGUAUACAGUAAGAUGUCUAGAAGAUAAACACGCGUGAAAUGAGCAAGCAACGCCAUCUGAGCACAGUAGCAAUAGCCAAUACGAAUUAACGAAAACGGAAUUCCGGAUGAUAUAUAUAUAUGGCUCAUCUGGUUCUCGCGCAUCAUCUCGUAUGACGCACACCACACCACCGGAUGAUAAAGAAGAAAAUGUCCAAUAAUCUACCAACUUAUUUUUUUCGGCGUAUAACGCACUUUCGCACACAGAAUCUUUAGUCGCCAAUCGUAUACUCAUAGCAAACUCGCUCGUACGAGAUCGCAAAAAAGCUACAGGCGGCGCAAGUGUACGUGGAACGUUGUUUCUCUGUGGCGGUGCGGUUGUCUCCCGUUUGUCCGUCGUCGUCGUCGUCGUCGGUGUAUAAUAUUUAACAAUCAUACAAUCCAGAAAAGCCGCCUCGUCCAAUAAACAAUAGUGCGUUCAACAUCCCGAUAUCAAAAUCGGAAUUGUGCAUUGAAUUCAGAGUGUCUGUGCGUGUGUGAGUGAGUACAAGUGUGUGUGCGGGGGAGUGUGUAACGAGAGAGGGAGGGAAUAGACCUACCACGAGGUUAUGUCAAUUUGGCCACCCGCGACAGCGUCUUCCUCGUAGAGAUAGUGUCACUACCUGUCGUUGUAUAUCAGAGCAUACCGGUUUCUCUCAACGAGCAGCGAAACGUCAAGCAGCCCUUUCGUCCAUGAUACGGAAUGCAGCGCAUGAAAGGGCAAUCUAACAGUCAAGUGAACAAUGGACCAAAAGAACAUCAACCUGGUGAUCACUCGACUGGAGAGGACAUUGGCUUUGAAUCAUGGAGAGGUGGCAACAGCACCCAACAUCACUCCAAUUAUCCCAUUGGUAGUGGAGGCAAUGACCAUUAUAGCCCAUAUUAUGCAGGCACCUCUUUCCAAUAUCAAACACCCUUUGGUGGUGGCGAUGGCACUUGGUCCAAUGGCACUGAUCCUGUAACUUUUUUACCUGGAUAUGGAGGUCAAAUGAGUCAUGAUGCCUAUGGCAUGGAAGGAGUUUUUGGUUCCAAUGCUGGUGGGAGCUUUGGAAACUUUGCACAACCCACAUUUCCCAAUUACUUCCAUGGUAACGGAGAUUUCAGUGCCUGGGGCACACCUAGAAAGGCUAGAUACGAGGACUAUUAUCCUCAUCGUAGUGGCGACAAUUAUGGAUCUACCAUUGGGGAUGGUAAAGCUAUUGAACAAGGUGUCCAAGGAUUGUCCAUUGGUAGCAAGGUACAGAGACCAGAUCAAUCAACACAGCAAACACCUCAAGUUCAGCAACAAGCACCAGCGCCACCGAAAUUGGAACCGAAAGAACCUCGUAAGAUAACGUGGGCGAGCGUAGCAAGUCAACCAGCGAAACCAGUACCCCAGUUAUCCGCUUCACAAGGACCCAAGAAAAAAACUGGAAUAGCACCACCGCCGAUCAUUCCAGGCAAACAUAAUAUAGAUAUUGGCACUUGGGGCGAGGGUAAAGUACCACCACCCAAGGCGCCACCACCGCCGUCGCCACCGACAGUUCAACCAGCAUUAUCUUCGCCACAACCACCGGUGCAGAGGCAACAAUUGUCGCAACAACAACAACAAAGGGGUCCAUGGAAUCGGAGUCCACCGCCUCAAAUGCAACCUGGGCCUAUACAUCAUCAGCAAUUCACAUCUCCUCAGUCCAGUCCGAAUAAUCAACAUCAUAUGCAAAGUCAGCAGCAUUCAUCGCAACACCACACAGUUCCACCUCAUCCACAACAGCAACAACAUCACCAUCAACAAUCACAUCAGCAACAAGCACAACAACAACAAUUGCAAAAUGUAUCUCAUCCAGUAUUGGACGAGUUGAAGGUGAAGAACGAUUACAACCCAGUAGAAUUCGAUACAUCGGCGCCAGGAGCGCGUUUUUUCGUGAUAAAGUCCUACUCAGAGGACGACAUUCAUCGCUCGAUCAAGUACGAGAUCUGGUGUAGCACGGAGCACGGCAAUAAACGUCUCGAUCAAGCGUAUCGUGAGGCAUCGCGCGAUCAAGCACCGCUAUUCCUAUUUUUUUCUGUCAACGGCUCAGGUCAUUUUUGUGGUAUGGCACAAAUGGUCUCAGCUGUCGACUACAAGAGCAACAGUUCCGUGUGGUCGCAGGACAAGUGGAAGGGACAGUUUCGCGUUCGCUGGAUUUAUGUUAAGGACGUGCCUAAUGUACAGCUGAGACACAUCAAAUUGGAGAACAACGAGAAUAAACCGGUGACGAAUUCGCGUGACGCUCAGGAAGUACCGCAUGCCAAAGGCGUAGCAGUAUUAAGGAUUUUGCACAGCUAUCGUCAUUCGACGAGUAUUUUUGACGAUUUUGGACAUUACGAGCGUAGACAGGCGGAGGAGGAUCAACGAAAGGUUCCGCAUCCAAGUGUGAUACCACAUACCAAUCAAAGAGGUGCUGGAGGUAGAGGACCUCCUAGGGGCGAUAGAGAUUCUGGCGAUAGGGAUCAUCAUCAUGGUCCACCGCCGCAUCAUCACCCCCAUCAUCAACGCAGAGAUCGAGACAACCGCGGACGAGGUAGAGGAGGAUCACGUCAGUAGCAGCAACUGCUCGAGAGUCCAGCCAGCACUAGUAUUCGAAUAAAGGAAGUAACGAGUGCAACUUAUUCUUCGCUUUCACCGAACUUCGAUGGACUGCUCGAACAUGCCACCAGGACCGGAGACAAACAAAAAAUCACGUUAACGACAACGAACAAGAUGAUGAUUAACGUUGUCGCGCAGAGCCUUGCAACUAAUCCUGUAUUUUAUUUGAUGAUCGUUAGAUCGACCAGCCGAUGGACAAGACGAUUAGGAGUUCAUUAGUGCGGUGGUGUGUCUUGUGCUUUGACUCUUAUUGCUAAAACGGUGUUUAUUCAACCAUUUGAACUGACUAUACAAAAACGAAAAAAAAAACAACAGAAGACAUGCGAAAAAAUCUGAUUAAAGAAAGUAUAUGUAUAUAUAUAUAUAUGUAUGUAUGUAUAUGUAUAUGUAUGUAUGUAUGUAUAUAUAUAUAAGCAAAGGCAGGUUAAUGGCAUGUUCGCAGAUUAUGUGGUACGGCAAGGACAUUGACUGAAUAUAUGAUGUACGCAGCGAAAUGGACACUGGAAUUCUUGUAUAAUGCUUGAUGAACGUACUUUUGUUGACAAAUGUUUGAACAAAUUCUAUAUAUAAGCGCAGCGUGCGGUCAUAUUGUAAAAGAGUGUCAUUUGAUCUUCAUUAUUCUGCAUAAAACUACUUGAACGAUGUACACAAGAAAAAAAAUGUAUACACUCACGCACUGAAUAAAUACAUACACACACGUGCGAUUUUAAAUGCGACGAGCGAAUGAGAAAACAUCAUUAUACAACACGAACUUUCACGUAAUACUACUACUGCAAAAAAAUAAUGAUAAUGGAAGGAAGGUUUAAGGGUGCGAGCGAUGAAAAUUCAUAUAACGCAAGCGAUUUUACGUCGCGUUAUUUGCAACUUGAUGGUGAUUAUAAUUGUAAUCAUUGUAACUUUUUUGUGAAAAGAUAAAAUGAAAAAAAACAUAACGAUAAAAAAACCUAGAGACAUAAAAUCUUAAUUGUUAAACGAUUGUAUGUUAUUAUUUUUCUUUCGGACAGUGUGUAGAAAAAAUCUCGAGAAGGGAAAAAAAUAGUGAAAUGUAACUUCUCCAAUUGUAAGAUUACGUUUUUGUGAAAAAACAAACGAAAAAAAUAAUACGAGAGAAUGAACGAAAGCUUAUCCAGCGAUAUACUAUCUUUUUAUACAUAAAAAAACUUUGUAGGUCUCUGCCUCUCUGUCUCUUCCUCGUUAGCCUCGGGAUUUCUCAAGGUGACGAAUAUCUUUUACAUAUUUUGAUAAGAUGAUUUUAACAAAAAGUAACAAUAUUCUCCGUGUGUACUAAUUUUCGUUUAUUAUUAUUUUUUUCUGUUUCAUUUUUUCCUUUUCAAACACAUGAUAUAUGCGUUGUUGCGAGAAAGCGAAUGGAGCUGUGGAGAGAGAGAGAGAAAAUAAAACACGUAAUCCAGUUGUCGUUCCUAGAGUUGUUUGACGAUUAUUUUUUUCAUCGUUUAUGAUGAGAAAUAAAAAAAGAUAUGAACUCAUGAGAUGCUUCUUUAUCGUUUGUAAAACCGGAACUUUAUGUCUCUUGCUUUAGAAGUCAUGAUGUUUUUAGAGAGUAACAAGAAAAAAAUGGAGAAAAAAACAAAUAAGCGUUAAUUACUAUAUUUUUGUUCUUUGCGAUGCAAUUGUUUGAAGUAACUUUUCCAACAUGCGGUAUUACGUAUUGUUGAAUUGUAGGACAGCUGAGAGUACACGUGCAAAGCAAGGGAGAAGAAAGUAUAUUAAUUAAUCGCCGCUGAAUAAAGAAGGGUGUCGUUUUUUGCUGAGUUGCGUGACGUUACUGGGUUUGAUCAAAACUUAAUCUCCACCUCUUCUUAUCUUAGAUUUAGAACUUUAAAAAAAAUCUCUUUUUUUCUUUUUCUAAAUAGGAGAUUCGACGCAAUCAAAAGAAUAAAGCAUCCAUUUAAUGUUUAUUUUCAUGUAUUGUUUUAAUGUAUAAGUACGCGAUGCGUUUGAUUUACGCAGAACUACUUAUUACUUUACUAUUUUUUUUUUCCUUUUUUAAAUGGUUUUUCAGUGAGACAUGAAAAAGAAAACAAUUUGUAUUAUCUCAAACUACGUAUUUUUUUAAUAUAGUUGUUCGAAUAAUAGGUUGUUCGAAUUUAAUUUUGAAAAAAAGAAUUUCUUAUUGAAAAGAAGAAAUUCAUAUCG